GGCGAUUGUUCUGAUUUGGUCUUUCCACAAUGAAGUUUAUGAUAUGUAUGUUCCUGGCGAUUCUAAUGGUCAUAGAUGUCAAAAGUCAAGGAGCAACACCACACACACCAACGGAAGCAGAAAUACGAAGUAUGAUAAAUGAUACCCGAAGAAUUAUUAAUGGACAAGAAGUUACAGAUAACAGACCGUAUAUGGUGUAUCUUAAACUACCUCGGACCAAUGUAAAACAACCGAAUUACAAAACGUGGUUGUGCGGUGGCGUCAUCAUCCAUGAAGAAUAUAUUUUAACGUCCGCAGCGUGCAUUGAAGACGCUGAACAUUUCUAUAUAGUUUCAGGGACGUACAAAUAUGACGAUGAGGAUGAUAGAUAUAACAAUCCAUGUAUUAAAAAUGGAGCGAAGAAAGCUAUUUGGAAGUGUGUACCCAAAAACUAUGUAUUCGAUGGUCACGAGAAUGAUAAUAUCAGAUGGAUGAACAACGAUAUAGCCGUAGUCAAGAUAGAAGAUGGGUUCGACUUCACUAGAAGAAUUCGAGGUUGCGAUUUUAUACCUAAACCAGUUUGUUAUAACAAUCAAAGUCAAACUUUGGAGAAUCCUGGAACAGUCGUCUCUUUAGCUGGAUGGGGUACGACAGCUAGAUAUAAUGAUUGGGUAAAUAGAAGAAAAGACAACCAACAGAACUUGCUAGAAGCACACGUCGAAAUCAUACCCAAAAAUAGAUGCAAACGGCGCUGGGGCUCCCGAUACCAUAACAUCAUCGACAACUACAUGAUUUGCACCAAAGACAUUGGACAGACCAUGUCUGAGAUCUGUAAUGAGAAAUAUGUAGAUUGCCAGGAUAUUAACUACUCGGACGAAGACGAAAGUAAUAGACGUGAUGCAGGUGCAAAAUCAGUAAGAGUUCCUACUAAUCUGGUCAUGCAUUCAGCGUACCACAAUGAAACAAUAGGUAUAGGCAACAAUAAUAGUAUCAGAAGAACGGGACCAAUGGUUGAUGGAGGAUUUUGUGAGAAUGAUCAUGGUGGACCACUGGUAUAUGGUUCUGGAGUGAAUUCUAUCGUCAUUGGCGUCAUCUCUGCUUGCCUUGUCAAAGAAAGAACGAACAAGUGCUACGGACCAUUCCUUUAUACAAGUUUGUUUAAGAACAGGCAGUUUAUAUCGUGUGCUAUUUACAAAGAUGUUGAGCCCAAAUGCCGCAGGCAGUUCAGAUCUGGUGUCACACACGAAGAAAAGGUGUUCUCAUGGGUGAAUCAUCCAGACGGGCCAGCAAAAACUGAGUUGUCUCCAGAGAAAUUAAAAGAAUUGAAAACUUUGGAAGCAGCGAAAGAGCAAGCUGAUGCCGCAGCGGAUGCAGCAGCAGCGUCUUUGUUUAUGCCAGUCGUAAGAGCUCAUGAACAACCAGAAUCAUCAAACAAAUCUGACAAGAUAUUUGCAGGAAGUGGUUUAAUCCUACGAACGCUCAAUGACACAACAGAAUCGGAAAUAACGAACCAAACAAACAAAUCUACGAUAUAAUUAUAAUAAUGGCUACUUAUUAAAAUAAAU